AUGUCACUUUGUGGGGCAAAGAGAAGGGACUUCCAAAUCCCAGGGCUGCCCAGGCCCCCUCCGCCCCCACCUCAGCAUCGCAGCUCCCACCCAGCCGGCACUCCCACCCCCUGCUUGUGUCGGGAGCCCCGGGGACUUGGCCAGGCAGCAGGGGAGCUCCUUAAAGACCAGCCAGGCCAAGCCUUCAGCAAUCGGAUGGGGGGCACAAGGCCCGGGGACGGCCAGCCAGGUCUCCUGCAGGCCCCCCACCCCAGGAGCAUGGAGCAAGGGGGCGGGAACAGCCAGCCCCCGACCCCAAGUGCGCUGAGAGCACGGAACCGCCGGGAGGGCGUGAGGGGAAGUUUCCCCCGAUUCCGGAAGGCGCGCAAGUGGUCGAGGGACCCGUCUUCCUACGUGCCCGACACGGUCGACCUCACGGACGACGCCCUGGCCCGCAAGUACUGGCUCACCUGCUUCGAGGAGGCCCUGGACGGGGUGGUGAAACGCGCCGUGGCCAGCCAGCCGGGCUCCGUGGACGCAGCCGAGCGGGCGGAGAAGUUCCGGCAGAAAUACUGGCGCAAGCUGCAGACGCUGCGACACCAGCCGUUUGCUUAUGGGACGCUGACCGUGCGCAGCCUUCUGGACACGAGGGAGCACUGUUUGAAUGAGUUCAACUUCCCGGACCCCUACUCCAAAGUCAAGCAGAAGGAAAACGGGGUCGCACUGAAGUGUUUCCCGAGGGUGAUCCGCUGUCUGGACGCCUUGGGCUGGGAGGAGAGGCAGCUGGCCCUGGUGAAAGGCUUGCUGGCGGGGAACGUCUUCGACUGGGGAGCGAAAGCCGUCUCUGACGUCCUUGAAUCUGACCCCCAGUUCGGCUUUGAGGAGGCCAAGUCGAAGCUGCAAGAGCGGCCGUGGCUCGUGGACUCCUACGGCAAGUGGCUUCAGAGACUGAAGGGGCCCCCUCACAAAUGUGCCUUAAUUUUCGCAGAUAACAGUGGAAUAGACGUCAUUUUGGGAGUCUUCCCCUUUGUCAGGGAGCUUCUCUCUAGAGGGACGGAGGUCAUCCUGGCGUGCAACUCGGGACCCGCCUUGAAUGACGUGACGUACUGUGAGUCCCUCAUCGUGGCUGAGCGCAUCGCGGCCAUGGACCCCGUCGUCCACUCGGCGCUCAAAGAGGAGAGGCUACUGCUGAUGCAGACGGGCUCCAGCUCCCCGUGUCUGGACCUCAGCCGCCUGGACAAGGGGCUGGCCGUGCUGGUCCGGGAGCGAGGCGCAGACCUGGUGGUGAUCGAGGGCAUGGGCCGCGCCGUGCACACCAACUACUACGCGGCCCUGCGCUGCGAGAGCCUCAAGCUGGCCGUGAUCAAGAACUCCUGGCUGGCCGAGCGGCUGGGCGGCCGGCUCUUCAGCGUUAUCUUCAAGUACGAGGUCCCGGCCGAGUGAGGCGCCCGCCCCGCCACCCUCCUCCGCUCGUCGGGAACGUACUUCGACCACAACAGGGAGACCGAGUUCCGAUCGGAAUAUUUAUGUCGCGCGCCUGUGACUGAGAGCCGGGUGCGCCCGGUUGGGAGCGUAGGCGCGUGUGGCGUCGGGGUCCCUACGAUGCUGCCGCGUCCGUGGCGGGAGACGCAACUCUGUCCAGCGAGACAUUCGUAUUGGAAUAUAUUUAACUGUUAAA